GUUGAGUCACGACGAGAGUGACUACUGCUGCGAGAGCGCCUGCUUGCAUUCUUCCGACAACACGCGUGCGGUGUAGAUCGCUUUUGAGCAAUCGUCCGAUGUGGUUCCCGGUUCGAGCAUAGAGAAUAGUGGUCCAGCGGCAUAAGCCUAUUUUUAGUGGUUCAUUCAUAAGAACAAGUAGUGAAUUGGAAGUAGUGACGGCAUUACUGGCCUAUUUUGGUUCUGGCAGACUAUUUUAGGUGCAUUAAUUUACGGUGCCAACAGUACUGUAUAUACGCUGAAAAUAAAAACGUGCACGACGUGUUAAGGCCAGAGGAAAAGUGUACCGGGUGCGGUUAUAUUCGGAGAGAAAAGUGCGUGCAGCGGAGAGAAAACUAAUCGAUAUUUUCUUAUCUCGCAACAAUGGGAUACGACGAAGUUUUAACCCAUCUGGGAGGCUUUGGACGGUACCAGAAAAAAAUCUACGUACUAUUGUGCCUACCGGCGAUAUGCUGUGCAUUCCACAAGUUGGCCGGAGUUUUUCUACUGGCGACACCAGACUACCGAUGUAAGCUUCCGUUCGAGGGGGAUAAUGCCACGUACGAGCUGCCGCCUGAUGUACUAGCUAUGACGUAUCCUAUGGAUUCAUUUACUAAAAAGUACUCCACAUGUACCUAUUUGGAUGUCAACUUCACCGAAAGCUAUUUGAGGGGUGGAACACCGGCCAAAGAAGUUGUCAGCUGCAACCACUGGAUCUAUGAUCGAUCACGAUAUGAAAGCAGUACAGUAACCGAGUGGGAUAUGGUUUGCGAUCGAAAUUGGCUGCGAGCCUCGGCAGACUCUCUAUUCAUGGUCGGAGUCAUGUUGGGCAGUAUUGUUUUCGGUUACCUCUCAGAUAAAUAUGGACGAAAACCGAUCUUCUUUGCUUCUUUGGUAACGCAAGUGAUCUUCGGAGUGCUGGCGGGAUUAGCUCCGGAAUUUUUCACCUACACGAUUGCUCGAAUUCUAGUUGGAGCCACAACUUCCGGUGUAUUCUUGGUGGCCUAUGUUAUAGCAAUGGAGAUGGUUGGCCCCAAAGAUCGUCUGUAUGCCGGUGUUGUCUGUAUGAUGUUUUUCUCGGUUGGAUACAUGUUAACCGCAGCCUUUGCUUAUUAUAUUCACGACUGGCGCUCACUGCAAAUUGCGCUUACCCUGCCGGGUAUUCUAUUUCUUUCCUACUGGUGGUUUAUUCCGGAAUCUGCACGCUGGCUCAUCUCUAACAACCGUCCAGCGGAAGCUAUCACUCUCAUCCAGAAAGUCGCAAAAUCCAACAAAGUCACUGUUCCCGCAGAUGUCCUGGACCAACUGAUGGAAGAAGACAAAGUUGCCCUAGAGACCGACAAAAAUGAACCAAAACCUUCCCUGAUGGAUAUCUUCAAGCAUCCAAAUCUACGCCGAAAAGCGCUGCUUAUCUUUUUCGAUUGGUUCGUUAACAGUGGAACUUAUUACGGUCUCUCUUGGAACACCAACAACCUGGGAGGAAACCCGCUACUGAAUUUUGUCAUCAGUGGGGCUGUGGAGAUUCCAGCCUAUUCCUUCCUACUGCUCACGUUAAAUCGUUGGGGAAGGCGUACUAUUUUGUGUGGUUGUAUGAUUUUCGCUGGAACCAUGCUACUGUCUACAAUGUUCAUUCCGGACAAUCUGUCCUGGUUGAUUGUGGUUAUGGCUAUGCUUGGCAAGCUUGCUAUCACUUCCAGUUACGGCACAGUUUACGUGUUCUCAGCUGAGCAGUUUCCGACGGUCAUCCGGAAUGUUGCCCUCGGUGCCGCCUCUACAUCGGCUCGUGUCGGUGGAAUUUUGGCCCCAUAUUUCAAUCUGCUCGGCGAUUACUGGCAGCCGCUUCCCUUGCUCAUAUUUGGUGCAAUGUCUUUCGCCGGAGGUUUGCUGUCACUGCUGCUACCGGAAACGCAUAACCAAAAAUUACCGGAAACCAUCGCCGAUGGUGAGAAUUUUGGCAAGGUGAAAACAGUGCCUAGUGAGGUGGAUCGAGACCUGGAGAAAAUGCCGGAAGAAUUGCAGGGUUUGAAUACUGCUGCUGCGGCCUCAAAUGGUGCUGUAGUGAUGAACUCCAGCGGUGAAGAAAAAUCGCCUGCCAGCGUUGCUGAACAUAAAGAUGAAAAACAUUGAACAAAUAGGAAUCACUGAGCGUGUAGGCAUUUAGUACUUUUAUGAUAAGUAUUCGUAGAUGUAGAUUACUCGGGUAAACAAUACCCGAUACUUAAUUGUAGAUUAUAAGUAUGAGUGAAACAUUCAGUUGAGAGUGCCGAGAAAAGCUUAUCAAUUUAAUCGCAUCGAUUUCUGAACAGCUUUGUUGAAUUGGAGCGUAUUCGCUCCGCGUGUAGUCAAAAAAAAAGGAAGGUAAAUGAGUUUUCCUCUUCUCGUCGUUCGGUUGCCAACGACGGAAGAUAUCGUACGAUGUUUUGCUUCUCGCUUUCGUCAAAUUUCAUCAUCUGAUCUGAUGCUUGCUUCGCAAUUGACGCACCAACGAUGGCAGAAAAAACGAGGGAAAUGGGAUAAUAGUUCAGUCAUUUACCUUUGCUUCUUCGCGUCCUGGUGUGUAUUCUUGCUACGAAAACUGCCGAACUGGUUUUUGAACUUUUCUGAGGAAAAUUGUGCUUUGUCGGGAAUGAAAGCAGCAACAGCUGUUCAAGUCAAAUAUACAAUGUUUUUUUAAUGUUCGAUUUGUCACAAAGCUGUCUUAUAUAUUUGAAUAAAACAUAUGAAUACUGUGGUACUUAUUAAAAAACAAAAAUACAAUUUACACAUAUGCUUAUGGAUCCAAAUCCGACCUGAAAUUGAACGUAUUCCGUGAAAUAAAAUGCACUUUAACACGAAACAGCUUUUAAAUUAUCAAAGAAAGAUCAGACUACGAAAUCAUUUUUACGAAAAAGGGAAAGAGGAUAACUCAUACCCUGCUGGGAAUUCCCAAUAAAUCAUAAUUAAAAGGCAAACGUUUCCGAAAAAACAGCCACCUGAAGUGCAUGAAGCCUCUUCAAGUACUUAUUACCGUCGUUUACAAAACAUUCGCAAAUCUGUACCGUUAUAAAAGGCUUUUUCAGCCUUUUGCCAUCUCUUCUUUAAAAUUGAAAAAAGUUCAUUUAAAAAAAAGCGAUUGUGAAAAAGUUGACGUGACUAUCAAAAAAUAUAUGUUUCAACUACAUUUUCUAUGUAUGAGUUAUCAAUUGUUCCCAUCGCUCUACUACGAAUGUGAAUGCCUUAAGCUAAAGUGCCACUUCACUGCGAAAGAAUUUCAAAACAGAACACGGAAAAUAAACCAUGAAAAACGUGGUUGUUUCUUCCAAGUGGCUUAAACUAGCAUGAAACGACCGUACACACAACAAUUAUAGUUUGGUUGCCAUCGUUCAUCAUGCACUGCAAGCGACAACGUAGUUAAAAUAGGCUGCCAGAAUCGACAGUAGUCCGUAAUUAUGGUGCAUACCAAUUGUAACGGUGCAACGGCAAAGAAGCAACUAAAAAUCAAAAAUCAUUCAAUGGUCGCCAAUCAUAACUUGAAAUGAAAGCGCCGAGAAGUUCGGAAUUGAUUGCUCUGCCUAGAAUUGGUGUCACCAGCCGAUCAUACAUUCCAAUUAACGCUUAAGUUGUUUUUAUUUUGUGUUUUGUUCCGCAGUCGGCGGUGCAGUUUGUAAUUGUUAGUUAGUAAUCAAAACACGUGUUAUUGGUAACAAAACGGCUGCUACAGCUAGGCUUUAUUUUUCUAUUCAAUACAAACCAUCCUGAACUCAUAGUUUCACACUCAAACGGCGAAGUGUGCUGCUGAUUUGCUUUAUUUUUUGUAAGGUAGUAAGGUCAACAUCCUCGAGCUAGUAGCACACUUCGUUCUCAAAUGAAUUCACUUGGUAGUAGAAAAAAGGUGUCAAACAAUUGUAGUUAAGUUGAUAUUAAAAUUGUGCACUCUCAUCCUCAUCAUUAAAAAAACCGAAAAUCUUUUGGUGAUAAGAUAAAGAUGUAUGUUGUAUUGCUUUUGCUGAUCUAUUCUGCUUCCAAUAAAUUUUCCAAGCGUACGGUAAUUGGGACGAUAAAAUUUCUUUGGAACAUUAUUAACAAUUAAGUAAUUAAGCAGCUGUCUCAAAUUAAGAAGAUGAAGACGAUAUAAAUUGUUUAGAAUUUGAUUUCUCCGUAUGUGUUCACACGACAUAUGAGCGUUUAUAUGAAUACUAUCGGUUUCAGGGUUGUUUUAAUAGACGAAAUUUGAUUAGCCAUCAAUUCAAACUAAAACAUUAACAAAGGCCCGAAAGCAGUUACAUUACAGCUAUGAAUAAUCAUUCUGCAUCAUAAUUAGGUAGAAGUAUUAACACAAAUAUUCAAGUCUGCUGCAGGUUUUGUUUUCACAUCAAUUUUUUUGAAUAUAUAUAGUUUAUUUAAAUAUUAAGAGAAAUAUUGCUUUCGAGAUCAUUUUGAAAAACCAUAAUACAUAUAUGUAGCUAUCAACCAAGAA